CUGCAGUUCUACAGCAUUCCCUCCGUUUCAGCUGCUCGUCUUGGACGCAAAGGGCUCAUUUAAGCUCCCUUGUCCUCCAUUGUCGAAAUUUGACUGCAGAAUGGAUGAUUUCCUGCUAUUCAUAGAGUCUUGAUAGGUCUUUUCCUCUUUCCAUGAGGAAAUUCAGCGCUACAUCUCAAUGAGACAAUCACACUGCGCUGCCGAUUAAGCCGUGUCACAAUCUCUGCCAUCGCAAACGUACGCUCAAUGAUUAUUUGAGAUCCUGCUGGCUACCAUCAGGCUUUUAAGGUAUUGGGCUCUGCUCCCAGAUUCCCACUGGCGAGACAUUGGACCACAGAUAACAUCGAAGAUUGUCCAAUGAGAGAAGCCUUCUGCAGGAACGAAAGGCCCUGCUUUUGAUGGUCCUAAGAAGGCCAUCUCCAUGGGUGGCUCUCCUGAGGAGGCACAUGGCUUGCAGCAAGGCCUCAACUUGGAAGGUCCUAUCCAGUUCCCCAGGCCUGUCGUCGACGCAUUUUCUGGCGCCGUUGCUGGGGGGGUGGCUCGAGUGGCCAUUGCGCCCCUCGAUGUUAUCAAGAUAAGAUUUCAGGUGCAAUUGGAGCCUUUGGGCCGAGGCCAGGUCAGUCGAGACGGUGUCAAGGCAGUGGUGCACAGCGCCUCCAAGUACACUGGGGUCCUGCAAGCGGCAAGAUCCAUCUAUCUUGAGGAAGGCAUUAGAGGCCUCUGGCGGGGAACUGUUCCGGGUCUGAUCCUGGUGAUGCCUUACACGGCCAUUCAGUUCACCGUCAUGCUUAGAUUCAAAACCCUGGUGGCAGGCUCCACAAAAGGAGUUGAUCACCUCGAGUUGAGCCCUGUUCUAUCAUAUGUUGGGGGCGCGGUGGCCGGUUCUGCCGCCACCCUGGGGUCGUACCCCUUUGACCUCCUGCGUACCACAUUGGCUGCACAAGGAAACCCCCCGAAAUACCCGACCAUGCGGGCCGCGGCUGUCGACAUUUUCCGGAGACGGGGCAUCCGCGGCUUGUACGCAGGGCUCACCCCGACCCUUUUCGAGAUCAUCCCCUACGCAGGCAUCCAGUUCGGAGCUUAUGACUCCCUUAAGCGGGCCAUGAUGGCCUACAAUGCGCAAAAGUAUGGGGAAGACGGACCGGCACAUUCCGUGGGCGCGGCUAAUCUAACCACCCCGCAACACUUCAUGAUCGGGCUGGGUGCCGGGCUGAUUGCCAAGACUGCGACGCACCCACUAGACGUGAUCAAGAAGCGGUUCCAGGUUCGAGGCCUUGAGCGGCAUCCCAGCUACGGAAAGAGGGUGGACGAGACAGCGUACCGGGGCAUCGUAAGCACUGCCCGGCACAUCAUUCAAACGGAAGGAGUACGGGGGGUGUACAAGGGCAUCUGGCCCUCGGUUAUCAAGGCGGCUCCUAAUGCGGCCAUCAUUUUUGCAGUUUAUGAGAAAGUCUCACAUUGGUUAGAACCUUUCGUAAACCACACGGAAGGCGAGCGGUUACAAGAAUCAAGACCACAUUGAUUAAUGAGAUGAAGCGCUUCACCCGUUGGUCAUUGCAGAAUUCUUUCAAGCCAUUGACUUCCACAAUUGAACCGCGUGCAACUCAGGCUUGGUUGGAGUGGCU